AUGUCUGUAGGCAUGAUCGUCGGGAAGUCCCCACGAAAAUGCUGGAUCGCUCUGCUUACUCUAUCCUGUCUCGUUUUAUUGACUACCCUCGGUCUUGCGACCUGUGAACUCCUCUUUGAUACCAUUGAGAGCAACUUGCUUGUCAAGGAGCUUAUAAUCACAGAAAAUUCGUCGGGUUUUCAAGUUUUAACAACCAACUCAAACAACACAGUUCAAUUCUAUCUUUUUAACUUGACCAAUGCAGAAGAGUGGCAAAAAAACCGCAAAAAGCCGAGAUUGAGGGCUGUUGGACCCUAUGUGUACAGGCGAUUUAUAGAGAAAAAGGACGUACGUUUCAGAGAAGACAUCUGCGGUCGAGGAGUUAUGGAGUAUUCGACAUCCACUGUAUACCAAUUCGAACCGAAGGGCUCCAUCGGGGAUCCAAAGAAGGACAGGCUAGUCGUACCAAACUUCGUGGAAUGCAUCGCAAAUUCCAUGAUUAAACAAGCCGGAUCCUUUGCAACGCAACUGCUGUGGGGCUUUUUAUCAAGACCACUCCUCUUAGAUCUCACGGUGGAUGAAGUUAUGUGGGGACAUGAAUACCAAAAUCUACUGACGGGGAAAGUCCUGGGUUUGGUUGGGGACACAAAGAUGGGUCUAUUCAAGCAACUCAACAAUUCGGUCAAAGGCCCGUACCAAAUCAACACCGGGUUUUAUAACAUUUCUAAAUUGGGUAAUUUGGUGGCCAUCAAAGGAAAGCCACGUCUUGACAACUGGAACUCAACCUAUGCAAAUAUGCUCAAUGGCACAGCCGAUGCCAUCACACCACCGUCGGUGAAGUUGGGCGAUAGACGUUACAUGUUUAGCGCAGACCUCUGCCGCUCUGUGCCGCUCAUAGCUAAAAAGUGGGUCUCUGCCAAAAAUCUCCCUGAGCUAAAGCUACUGUCUCUGGAAAUGGAUAGGAAGGUGUUUCUCAGUGCUGACGAGGAGCCGGACAAUGCUGCCUUCCACCCGAAAGUCUACCCCACCAAAAAAUACCCUCCAACUGGUCUUCUGUCCAUAAGUCCUUGCGUGGAUUUCGGUAUUUCAGGAGACGAGCCCCUAUUCAUCUCCCUUCCCUUCUUCAAUCAAGCAGCCGAUGCAGUAAAAGACGCUGUAGUCUUUGAAGGCCCCACUGAACCAAAUUUGAUGUCUCACUUGCACAUCGACUCUGUGAUACAUGCUGACAGAGAGUCUGCACAGAAGCUCUAUAAGGCGGUUCAUGAGCUUCCAGCAACCAUUCGGAGGGCGGUGCGGGCUCUACUCGGCAUCUUGGUAAUUCUGGCAGUGUUGCUUCUCGUCGCCGCUGUGAUUCUCCGUCGCCGAGAGCAGCGGCAUCUGCGCGACCCGUCAGACGACACUUGGAGCCUUGAGGACGAAAAAUGGGGAAAGAGUGCUUCUUUGUAA